UCUACCUUUAAAUAUCCAGCGGGCUGAGCACAACUGCUGUCGUGAGAGUUUAUCUGCUGCAUCAUAACAUCCUCUCAGUUGAAAGUCUACAUGUCGAACGAUUGACCGUCCAUAGUGAAAGCUGACAGGGGGAUGGCAGACCACGAGACACCCAGUGUGGGUGAACCUCCGCCAACAUACAUCAUCUUCCUCAUGGUCUUUCUAUUUUUCACCACUGGUCUUCUGGGUUUCCUGGUAUGUCAUUUGCUGAAAAAGAAAGGCUACAGAUGUGAACUGGAGGACGAUGAAGAAGCCUGCGAGGAAAAACUAGAGACAGAAAAAGACGAUGAAUCAGAUGACAGUCAGGACACUUUGGAACAAAUUCUGAAGUGCAUCAUUGAAAACCAAGCCAAUACAGAGGCCUUCAAAGAUAUGCUGGGUGGCCAAAAUGUUUGUGAACAUCAUGACCCUUGGUUACGUCGCAAAGACAGUAUAGAUGGUCCUCCCCUGCACCAUCACACAGUUCAUCUGGGAGGUGAAAUCAGCUAUUGUGUCCACUGUAGACAGGGACAUUUAUUAAAAACACGACGCAGAAGUCGUUUGUUUAAAAGCAAAGGCCGACCAGGGGAGCAGACUGUAUUUUCGGUUGGCAGAUUUCGUGUCACCCACAUGGAGAAAAAAAACAGCCUUCAAGGUUCGAUUAAUCUGCACACUCCUAAACCGGGUGACAUGUCGAAUGACACAACACUCUCAGGAAUUAAAGAUACCUCAAAAAAGCCUCAGGAGGAAUACAACAUCCGCAACAUGUUUAAAGACGGAGCAACUAACGGCACGGUCCCAAAUGUAGGCAAGCGGAAGAAAAGCAUACCACUGCUUGGCUUCUACAAGGGAAGCAAUCCAGUGGGAACCAAAGCGAUACAAGAGAUGUUUGUGGAGGACAAAGAAGGGCAGAAUACUGCUGAUCAGCUGUCGGUCUCUCUGGAAGAGUGCCUGAGUUCAGCUGCUGUGUUGCGUACUGACUCUGAAACAGCAUUAGACAAAAACUCAAAUAAAGGUUCUGCUCAUAAAUUGGAGAAAACGGUCCACGAGAGUAGCUCAGGGGGUGAAAUCUCUGACAAAGGGACUUCAGAUGUGAUUUCACAAGACAAAUUAAAUACAAAGACAACGGUCACAGUUUGUGAUCGCUUUAGAUUUUCUGUGGUUCUUACUGAGGAGGAGACGAUCAUUACAUCUACAGCUAGUACUGAGGAUAGCGGAAAUGAUAAUGUGCCAAAAGAUAACACCAUGACUGAUAAAGAUACACAGCAAAACCCCUAAGUGUUACAUUAACACUCAUGGGGUGGUUUCCCAGACAGGGUUUAGGUUAAUCCAGGACUAAGCUUUAGUUAUAUUGGUACAUGUAAGUAGUUUUUACAAACAAACCUUACAAAAACAAUACUGGUGUGCAUCUUGAGACAAAACAGUGGCACUGAUGUAUGGUAUGACAUGUCAGGUGUUUUUAAAUUAAGGCUGCUUAAACAUGUAUUCUAGUCUGGGACUAAGAUAAGCCCUGUCUGGGAAACCGCCCCCUUAGUGUAGGGGAGAACCGGGACGAAAGUAAUGCGGGACGAAAGUAACGCGGGACGAAAGUAACUUUUCUCAGACUUUUUCUUUGACUACAUUCAGGGUUGGGCAAAGAUAUAUCAAAAUGUAUUUUAAAAUAAAAUACAAAAUACCUUUGUUUUAAGGAUACAAAAAAAACUACAAAAUACAGCAGCUACAGAAAAAAACUACAAAAUACAGCAGCUACAAAAUGUAUCAAAAUAAACUACUGUAUUUUUGUAUUUUGAAAAUACUAAAAAAAUACUUUUACAAAGGAGCAUGAAAUUUCUUCUCUUCGCAAACCUUCCAUCAGUUGGACUAUUUGAUCUAUUGCUUCACCAUUACGUUGACUCAGAUUGAGUCAUGCAAUAAUCUGACAUAUACAACCGGUAACAAAGGGUAACAAACGGUAACAAAACUUUGCAUAAGCAACACUGACAAACAAGUUUAGACCACUACACCAAUAUCGUGGCAUUAAAAUACCAGUUGUUGUACACUGAAACGUUUUUCAUGCACAACCAACAUAGACUGAAAGUAGCUAGCUAAACUAUUUAGCCUAGGCUAGUUAAACAAACAUCAAAACUUAACAUGAAUUAUUAAAAAUGAUUACAAAUUAUGCAAAAAAUAUGAAAAGCUGGCAGCCUGCACGUGUCUUACCUUGACCACCACAUUUCAUAUACGCCUUAUUCAGCCUGCUGCCAUGUUGAUUCCAAACCGAGGCUGUGAGGGAUGCUUUAAACCUACUGUUUUGUACCGGGAUGCCGGU